GUGUUCUAAAAAUAGUAGUAACGUCGUUCUUAGGGCGGUCUGAUUGAUUGUGGUUGGCCAUUGCUGCACAACGACGCUAGACACUACUACUGGGUUGUCAUCGAAGGAUGCGUGAAUACAAACUCGUCGUACUUGGCUCAGGAGGUGUAGGGAAAAGUGCACUGACUGUUCAGUUUGUUCAAGGUAUUUUUGUGGAGAAGUAUGACCCAACCAUUGAGGAUUCUUAUCGAAAGCAAGUUGAGGUGGAUGGUGCCCAGUGUAUGCUAGAGAUCCUUGAUACAGCUGGCACUUGUAAGCAUGACAAGCAGUCAACAACUACAAUGUGUAUGCGCAACAGGCGGGUCCUCGCAAGGCAAUGCAGUGCUAGAUGCUGUAACCUCGAAACCAGGCCUUCUCCCUCCUCCACACACACAUGCCCCGUACGUUAUAAUUACGCGUGGGAGUAUUUCCCGAAAAUACUCCCAGGCGUAAUAAUAAUGUGUGGAGCAUGCCGAAAAUAUUCCCAUGCAUAAUGUUAGUAUACAAUAUUUGGGGUUCCAUAUUUUGUUAAAUGCGUAGCUAGAUUUGUUUUUUGCCAUUGAUGAACUAAAACGAUUGUUUUAGUGCCAUUAACCCUCGGCAUGCAUGCACAGUGAGAGUUACAGUGUAUAGUUGGUCUGUAUGUGU